AUGAGUUAAUAAUAAUAUGAUUUUCCUUUACCAGCUUCUGGCUUAUAAAAAAACGAUUUGAUUUUAGGAGUAUAGAAUAAUGAUGAUGAUCAGUUUGAAUAAGGAAAAUUAUCUGCUGUAAGUUUAAAAAACGGUCCUUCGAAAGAUCGAAAAUGUCACGAUUUAAUAUAUUUCAUAAUAUUUACAUUGUUUUUAUUGUAUUACUUUUUAAUUUUUAGUAACAUAUUUAAACAUGAAAAUAAAAUAUAAGAAUUCAUAACCCCAAGGGAUCCUGAUCACAGAGCAUGUGGAAAAAAAACUCUUAAAGAGUAUCCAUUUAUAUAUUUUGCAAAUCCAGAUAAAAAUUACUUAACAAAUACAGUUUGUAUAAAAUAAUGUCCUAAUAACUUACAAAAAAACAUGGAAGGUUAGAAAAUUGAAUGUGCUACAAAUUCAAAUGUAAAAUCUUGCAUAUAUAAUAAUUCGCAUUAUCCAAAUUAAACAUUUUUGAUUUACGAAACAUUUCUCAAAGAUACAGUUUGCGUACCGAAAGAAAUAACAUAUUAAAAAUAAAUUGAAACUGCUAUUUAUAUUAAUGAAAUUUAAAAUUAUAUAUUUUAAAUAUAUAUAGCUUUGGCUAUUAUUGGUUUAUCAGCUUUAUUAAGUUUUAUUUUUGGACCCACAAGAAAAAUAUUAUAUUAAAAAUAGACUUUAGUUUUUAUCAGAUUAUAAAAUAUUCUUUUUAUUAACUGCAAUUUCAUGUUGGAUUUGUGGUCUAGCUGUAUUUUCAAUAGUUCUUUAUUUAAAUUAAAAAAUAAAACUCAUUUCUUGUUAACUAAAAGUAAUUUAUUUUAAAUAAUAUUUACAUUAAUUUUUUUUUUUAAUAUAAAGUUGGCUGCAAAUUUUAUUUAAUAAAAUAAAAUGAUUUUGAUUAUACCCCCUAUUUUGUUUAUAGUUUUGUUAAGUUUUUUUUGUUUUUGGGUAGAUGUUUGUUUUAAUAUAUUAUCUCAUGGAUAUACAAUAGAUACAUAAAAUUAACUUCCAUUCUAAUAAAUAUAACUAUCAACUCAUUAAUACUUCAAAUUAACUUUACAUGCAUUUUUUUUUUUGGUUUUUAGAGGUUUUUUAGUCUAAUGUAGUGAUUUUAUAAUAACAUAUAGUUGCUGCUAAUGGUAUUAUAAAAAAGAAAAAGAUACAUAAAAUGUCAUAUGGUAAAAUAAUAUUAUAUCUUAAUAAUAAUAAAAAACAAGGGUUAGUAUAAAAACUUUAGUAAAAUACCAUUUAGGAUCAUUAAUAAUAUCUUCAAUAGUAGUAACCUUUUUAGACUAUUUUAUAAGGAUAGGAAAUUUAAUAAAUGUAAAAAUAAACUAAAAAAUAUAUACAAAAUUAGAAAAUAAAAUAAAAAAGAAUUAUGCUAAAAAAAUAUAAAAAUUAUAAAGAAAAAUAUAGCCUAUUAUUUAUCUGUUUGUUGCUAAUGCUCUUUUUUUUGGUUUGACAGAUAUAUGA